AUGAUAAUGCUGGUGGGCAAAACGAAUACUCCUGAAGACAAGAUCGGGGCACCCUCGGGCUCGCUCCGGAAACACCCCACGGGACCGCCCCGCUACGCCUCGGAUGACUCCGAGAGCGAGUCAGAUGGAUCCAUCAGCAUUCGUCGGAUGUCUCUGGGACCAUCGGGUGGCACGUUUUUAGAGGACAAGAUCGGCCAAGCCAAGACCUAA